AUAAAGUGGAUCGAUGUUUUCAAUACAUAUAUAUUAAUUGUUGACUGUGGACUGGACUGGGUAUUUAUAUGAACAACCAGAGUUGAAUAAGUUGAAGAACCUCAUCCUCUCUUCUUAAACAUUGAAUUUCUUUGUAUCUGAAACAUGGUUGGUGGUCGUUCUUCCUCUCCCAAAUGGUCAGCUGAUUUCUGUAGCUGUGGAGAAGACCCUCUAACAUGUUUGAUAACAUGCUGUCUCCCGUGCAUCACCUUUGGCCAAAUUGCAGAAGUUGUGGAUGAAGGGCGUAGUUCUUGCGUUGGACAAGGGUGUGCGUAUGGGUUACUCAUGUUGGUGACGUGUCACUGGCUGUACUCGUGUCUUUACAGAGGGAAAAUGAGAGAUAAGUUUGGGUUACCAGCUGAACCCUGUUGUGAUUGCUGUGUCAGUUUCUGCUGCGAUCCAUGUGCUUUGUGCCAACAACAUGCUGAGCUCAAAGCAAGAGGUUUCAACCCUUCCAAAGGUUGGAUUGGGCCACCAAAUGCUCCUCCAAGGAUGCCACCCUCCAUGUCUAGAUGAACCAUCUGCCUCAUUUCAGCAUCAAUACUUCUUGUCCAUUGCUUAGGGAACGUUAUUAAAUAUCAUUUAGCAAUUCAGCUGGUCAAUUUCCUAAAACAAGAUUCAAGCUUUUACUUUUCAUACUGUUUCAACUUAUCUCAAAUUUAGUUUGUAAUACACACCAAUGUUAUGCAAAUACUUAAACAAAUUAGUUUCACAUGCAUGCUGAAUAAUAUUGGAUG